AUGGCGAACCGGACACCCAGCGCCAAGCUGACCCUCUCGUAUCCUCUGUACGGUUGCGCAUUCGCCUCCAACUCCAGCCUCGUUGUUGGCGGCGGCGGCGGCCCUGGAAGAAAUGGAGUGGGCAACAAGCUCACCCUCCUCGAUACAUCCGAUGCGACCGAAAUAUCGGAAGACGCCGAGUUAGAGUUGAGCGCGAACGAGGACAACGUCACCUCGCUCGCCGUCGGCCCGCGCAAGGACAGGGCCCUGACCGUUUUCGCCGGCGUCAACUCGAGCCCGGAGGAUAUCAAGAAGGGAAAGAACCAGCAUUUCCGCGUCUUCGGCGUCAAGUCGGCUGCCAAGAGGAGCGGUGAGAAGGACAAGAUCUCCGAACUCGCCCGCGAUGCGCUGUUCGUGCAUAAAGAUGCGGACACCUACCAGCGCAUUCUGCGACUUUCCUACCCCUACGAAGGGCUGUCUCAGCUCGGCGUCAUCGCUACCGGCCUGUCCAAGGACCCUCAGAUAGCCAUCUUCGAUGUACCAAGCUCCGGGGGCGCGAGGUGGAAAUCUCGGGGCAGGCUGGAUAUCCCGACGGAAGCGAUGGACCUGGAUGUGGUGCAGACGGGGCCCGACACAUACCAGCUCGCGUACUGCACCGAGAGCGACAUCUUCGUCGUCGAAGUGUCCAAGGCGAGCAUCUCGGAGCCGAGAUGUGUCUUCAACAUCACACCCGAUGAGGGGGAGACGGCCAAGGCAUCAUUCAAGGCCUUGCGCUAUCUGACGCCCGGUUUCGUGUUCACCGUGCUCAACAAACCCAAGUCUGCGGGCGUCGCUUUGCAUGGUUACAGGCUGCCCAAUAAAGACCAGGACUAUGCUUCACUAUCAGUCCGAGCUCAGCUACCUCGUUCUGUGUCCAAGGCCACUGGUCUUGCGGUGCGGAAUCUGUCUCCAGUCGAUACACCAUCCGAUAAGCAAGACGACACACAGUUCGUCGUUGCCGUUGCCGGGAAUGACUCGUCGAUAUCCCUGUUCACUAUGGAGCACAAGAGCGUCGGAAGAAUAGACAUGUUGGCCAAUCUGGCACCUUUCCAAGUGCUCAAAUCCGUCCAUCCGUCGAAUAUCACGGGUCUAUCCUUCUCCUUUGCGCCGCCGAAAGGACCGGCCAAGGCAGCCCCGGAGCUCUACAUCAAGCUCGCCAGCGUGGCGGUUGGUUUCACAACCGUUGUCCAUAGCAUACCGCUGAAGAAAUACAUCGACAAGGCCGCCCCUGCGCGGAAAGGAGGGCCGCCCAAACCAUCGCGAUAUAUCGUCGCUUUGAAGUCUAAAGGCGAAUCACCAACGCACAUCAUCGUCUUGCUCGCGCUACUGACGCUUCUCAUGGCCAUCAUCGGUCAGACUUUUGUUGAGAUGAAUGGUCUCAGCAAGCCCAUACUCCACGUCCACCGCGUUUUCCCUGCCUCAUGGACCGUCCCGCUGCGGAAAAUCCCGAUCCCGGGGCAGCAGAAGUCGAUCGGUGAUCUACUGUCCGACGCCAGGCCGCAUCACACACAGCAGCUUGUCAUCAAGCACGGCGAGGUAACAGAAGUUGGGCCGGAUGGACUGCCGGAUCUCCACGUCGGCAUCCACGAUCAGGAAGUACACGGCCCCGCGACACCGUGGGAGAACCUCGGUGCUCAGGACCGAGACCUCUGGAAGCAGCGGCUUCAGAGGUCGGGACACUGGGUUGAAGACAUGGGCGAGGCCAUCUUCAAGGGCGUUCUGUUUGGUGAGAUCGGUGGUGCUAUUGGCAACAUCGUUGGCGAAGCGCUAUGA